AUGAUGGCGUCUUUCUCGCCGCUGUGCGCUCUUGUCGUACUGCUCGCCGCAGUCGGCUCCGUCUCCAUCGCAUCCGCCUCCGUCGCCGACGCAGGUAGCUUGUCUCUCAAUUCUUCGCUGCUCGCAUCGGCGGCUCCUCCGCCAAGCGCCGUCCUUCCCCGCAAGGUGCUCCGCCCUGCAGGCGUGGGCGCCGACGUGCCGCACCGCGUGAGCCUCGGCUGCGCCGGCGCGGACGACAUCGCCAUCGAGCAGGGCCCGGGGACGACGCUGCCCAGCGGGAUCCCGUCCUACACGGUGGACAUAAUCAACCGCUGCUCCGGCGCAGGCCGCGAAGCGUGCGCCAUCUCUGGCAUCCGCGUGCGCUGCGGCUGGUUCAGCUCCGUCACCCUCGUCGACCCCAGCAAGUUCCGCCGGGUGGCGCCCGACGACUGCCUCGUUAACGACGGCAAGCCGCUCUUGGCUGACGACACCAUCUCCUUCGAGUACGCCAACUCGUUCCAAUACAAGCUCUCCGUCGCCAAGGCCACCUGCGUCCACCCCGCCGCCGACACCUCCGACUAG